UUGAAUUGCGGUUGAGUUGUUUUAGCUACAACACAAUGUAACGCGAUAAAAUAAAGUAAUAACACAUCAGCCGUGGGACUUCAUGAUAUUAAGUUGGUGAAUGUUACCUCGCUAUCGCUGGAUUGUAAAAGUCUAAAAUCGAUAUCUGAUUUGUAACGAUAGACCAAACUAGCGACACAUGUCAGCGUUUUAAUCAGUGUCCUCUUUACGAAAGAAGCUAACACGUCGGUCCGAUUCACACCCAGAAUGUCCUUCCCCCCUCAUUUAAACCGGCCGCUUUUGCCCCCUCCUGGGAUUCCCCCUCAGUAUGCUGGCUUCCCCACAGCUCCGAUGAUCCCAGUUCACAUGGGCAUCAUGGCCCCGACUUCUGCAGUGAUGGUGCCUUCUGUGUCAGUGGUCAGUAAGCCUGCAGUUCCUAGGAAGGAAACUGCUGCCCUGCGAGCUAAAGACAACGAUGAGGGCAGUGGCCCCACCACCACCGUGUUUGUGGGGAACAUAUCAGAGAAAGCUUCGGAUAUGCUGAUCAGACAACUGCUGGCGAAAUGUGGAAUUGUUCUGAGCUGGAAGAGAGUCCAAGGAGCCUCUGGCAAGCUUCAAGCUUUUGGGUUUUGUGAGUACAAGGAGCCAGAGUCUACAUUGCGAGCCCUGCGGCUGCUUCAUGACCUGCAGAUUGGAGACAAAAAUCUCCUGGUGAAGGUGGAUGCCAAGACAAAAGCUCAGCUGGACGAGUGGAAGGCUAAGAAGAAGACUGCAAAUGGACAGAAUAAAAAGGCUGAUGAUGGAGGAGAUGAUGAAGAAGAGGUUCUAGACGAGGAGACCAAGAAGAAGGAUCAGAUAAUUAAAGGUGCUAUCGAUGGCUUGAUGCGGGAAUAUGCUGCCGAACUCAACGCACCUUCACAGGAUGAGGACUCCCAGCGACGAAAGAGAAAAAAGGAGAAAAAAGAAGAGGAUGACAUUAACACAAUUGAUAUGGAGGAGGACAAGAGAGACCUGAUUUCCAGAGAGAUUAGUAAAUUUCGUGACACUCACAAGAAACUGGAAGAGGAGAAGGACAAGAGGGAGAAGGAGCGGCUGGAGUUUGAACGGGAAAGGAGGGAGCGGGAAAAAGAGCGAGAGCGGGAAAGAGAGCGGCGGGACCGCGAGAGGGAGAAGGAACGAGAGAGGGAGCGGGAGAGGGAAAGGGAGCGAGAACGGGAGAGAGACAGAGACAAGGACCGUGACCGCAGGACCAGAGAAAGAGAACGAGACAGAGACUGGGAGAGGGACAGAAGCCGUGAAAGGAGCACUGACCGUAGCCGAUCCAGGGAGAUGAGUCGAGACCGAGAAAGAGAAAAGAAGCGAGACCAAGAGGAUGAAGAGGAGGCCUAUGAACGCAGGAAGCUGGAGAGGAAGCUCAGAGACAAAGAAGCAGCCUAUCAGGAGCGUCUAAAAAACUGGGAGCUCAGGGAGAGGAAGAAGGCGCGGGAUUAUGCUAAGGAGGCCGAGCGGGAAGAUGAGCGCCGGCGAGAAAUGGUGAAAGAGGGCAAAAGACUAAAAGAGUUUCUUGAAGACUAUGAUGAUGACAGAGAUGACCCGAAGUACUACAGGGGCAGUGCACUGCAGAAGCGUCUCAGAGACCGAGAGAAGGAGAUGGAGGCGGACGAGCGUGACAGGAAGAGAGAGAAGGAGGAGCUGGAGGAAAUCAGACAGAGGCUGUUAGACGAGGGACAUCCAGACCCAGACGCAGAGCUACGCAGGAUGGAAGAGGAAGAGGAGGAGCGUCUGAGACAACCUCCCAUCAUCCAAGAGCCGGAGCCCGAAGAGGAACGGGAGCGCCACAAGGGUUCACGAGACCACCGGGACCGUCGAGUGGAACAGGACAGAGCAGAGGCCCGCUCACGGCCCAGCCACUCAGACGAAGAGGUGGAGGAGGGUGAGGACGACGAUUAUGAUAAUGAUGAAGAUAACCCUGAUGGGAAACCCUGUCUGAAGCCCACGAUGCGGCCAAUCACAGCAGCACCCUCAGUGUCGUCAGCCAGUGGCAACGUGUCACCCAACACACCUGGGGACGAGUCACCCUGCGGCAUCAUCAUCCCCCACGAGAACUCGCCCCCAGAGGCCCUGCCACAGGAGGAACACCGGCCUAAGAUUGGCCUCAGCCUCAAACUAGGUGCCACAGGAAGCCCAAGUCAACCCAACGCGGCUAAAAGGAAGAAGCUGCCCGUGGACAGCGUCUUUGACAAAUUUGAUGACGAGGAGGCCGAUGAACAGCCCCGCAAGAGAAAACUGGUGCCGCUGGAUUACGACGAUGACAAGAGCCUCGGGGUGGACGGGGCCGGGCUUUCCAGCAUAAAGGGAGCCAAUUCUGACGAGAAACGCAAACACAUCAAGAGCCUGAUAGAAAAGAUUCCCACAGCAAAACCUGAGCUGUUCUCCUACCCGCUGGACUGGUCUAUGGUUGAUACGACGUUAAUGGAACGACGCGUUCGUCCCUGGAUCAAUAAAAAGAUCAUUGAGUACAUUGGAGAGGAAGAGCCAACGCUAGUGGACUUUGUCUGCUCCAAGGUGAUGGCUCACAGUAUGCCACAGAGUAUCUUGGAUGAUGUUGCCAUGGUUCUUGAUGAAGAGGCUGAAGUCUUCAUUGUGAAGAUGUGGAGGUUACUCAUUUAUGAAACAGAAGCUAAGAAGAUUGGACUGGUGAAAUAAGCAAAACAACCACUGAAUGAAGAUCAACUUUUUUUUUCUUUUUUCCUCCAUACAUAGUGUAUAAUGUAGUGUAAUUAUGUCACCCCAACAAAGCAACUUGCUCAUACCAGUACAGACUGCAACUGCAGAUUCUGCUCAUUCUCACAUUUACACCAGUUGUUCAGGUAUUGUCCUUUUUUUUUUUUUCGUCUCAACAUACUCAGGCUACAUUCACCUCCCCUCUCUGUUUGCAGGUGCUGACCGUGUCGGUGUACUUUUGUGUAUAUACAGUACGUCAUUAUUUGACUAUGAUGAAAUAAUUCUGAGAGGAAGCUGCUGACAGGCACCCAGGACCAUUGUGUUGCUAGAUAACGUCUCGUGGUCCUAUACUUUUAUUUGUGUACAUGCCAACAUACAUUUUGUGGGAGGAGUCAGUCUGCAGGAUUUUUACAAGCAGCCAGUUUACCAGUCUCAUGAACUUUACUUUUUAACAUAUUUAAGGUGUGAAAUCUGGGUUGGUUAAGCAGACUUUGGAGUUCGCAUAACUACAAGGAUGUGAUUUUUUUUUUCUUUAAUGGUUAUUUAUUCAGGGUUUUGGACUCAACUCCAACCUAUGUCGGAGUUAUGAGUUUCCUUCAUUUUUCAGUAUCACAUUCCUGAUAAACGCUGGCAUGUUCUUGUCCUCAGACCAUCUUAAAAACACUUAAUCGUCAUUUGAAAUGCGUCUACUGACAAGACCCACAGAAUAUCUCGGGUGGUGACAUCCCUGCAGCUGUAAAAGCACACACACACGUCAUGACCACUAUAGGAAAAUGAGCUAAGAACGGGAAAAAAAAACAAUUAACUUGUGAAGAUGCUCUCCAUUUGUUUUUGUAUUGGUGAACAUUUGAAAUAAAAUUGAUUUUUA